UUUCCUUUUACACUGCUGCCGCUCUGCACAGAAACAGUGCUACAGUGCUGUAACCGUGUUAUCCAAGACGAACAGCAGCUGAAGGCUAGAGGCUGAAGAUUAUUUUCUAAGGUUGUGCUGGAGGUUGGCCUAUCAGAACUGUUGGACUGCUCUUUAAAACUGUUUCAAUGCUGUGCCUGUAUCAAUUGGAUCCUGCAUGGUAAAGUCAUCCUAAAAUAAAGUAACACAACUAAAGCUUGAGAUGAGCAGAGAUAUACACCAUAAGUACUGACACAUGCAGGAAGAAGACAUAAGGAUUGCAUUGUCAGUGUGGUGCUGCACUUCCAGAUUAAUUAUAUGGACCCUGUGACUUUGAAAAAACUCUUUAGCAUAUUUUGACAAAGAAGAUUCAGGAAAAACUUGAUGUUUGAAGCUGUAAGUGAAGUGUUUCUUUGACAGAGAAAGCAUACAUGACUCAGAGGGUUACCAUGACGAAGUGGCCUUCUGCUUCGGAGUUGUAAAGUGCGAUAACCUGACUGUGGAAACAGUGCGCUCCCCUAAGUGAGUUUCAGAAAACAAGUUCAGGUUCAUUACAGUCACCACUAUGACUGAUGUGGACUAUGAUUAUCUAAUUAAGCUCCUGGCCCUGGGGGAUUCUGGAGUUGGAAAGACAACCUUACUGUAUAGGUACACAGACAAUAAAUUCAACCCCAAAUUUAUCACGACAGUGGGAAUCGAUUUUCGGGAAAAAAGAGUGAUGUAUAAUAAUCCUGGACCCAAUGGAACAACUGGAAAGGGAUUCAGAGUACACCUUCAGUUGUGGGAUACAGCUGGCCAAGAAAGAUUCCGGAGCCUCACCACAGCAUUCUUCAGGGAUGCCAUGGGAUUCUUGUUAGUGUUUGAUCUUACGAGUCAACAGAGUUUCCUGAAUGUUAGAAACUGGAUGAGUCAGCUUCAAGCAAAUGCAUACUGUGAAAGUCCUGAUAUUGUGUUAAUUGGCAACAAAUCAGACUUACCAGAUCAAAGAGAAGUUCAGGAAAAACAUGCUAAGGAACUCGCUGAGAGAUACGGGAUUCCUUACUUUGAAACAAGUGCAGCUACAGGAAAUAAUGUUGACAAAGCUGUAAACAAGCUUUUAGACUUGAUUAUGAAGCGCAUGGAACAGUGUGUGGACAAGACACAAAAGUCUGAAAAUGCAAAUGGAGGAGGUGAUGCAAUGCUAGACCCUGCAAAACCAGUGGCGAAGAAGUGUGAAUGCUAGACAGCUGUAUUAUGAUGGAGGAUGAGUUGGUUAAUUCUCUACAGAACAGUGGCCAUUGUGAUGCCAUAUUUCUAAUCUGACCACCAUACUGGGAGUAAGAGCUGAACUUUACCCAGUUAUUUUGCAGAAUUAUCAUUCCUUUUAAUUGAACGGGUAAUACAGAGCUCCAAACAUUAAUUGUUUAUAUAAUUAAGAAAGUUUCAAUAUGAGGUGGAAGAAAGUUCCUUACAUGACAUUAUUUAAACCAAAAGAACUACCUUCUUCCCUGCAUCUAGAUACUUAAGUCAGUGUUGUUAAUAAACAUUAAUGAUGGUUUUCUGUUCUUUAACAACAAAUAGGAGCCAUUGUCACAAAUUGUGGUGUUUAUUUAGCAGUUCCCUGAGUGUUCUUAAUGCAUUUUGGUUUACAGGACACACAGUUUGCGCAGCCCUUGGCUGUAGAAUGAGUAAUACAACACUGUAAACAUUACAGAACAACACAGUGUGAAUUGUAUGAUUCAAUGAAAGCACUUGUUUCUACUUCUCUGUGUUUCCUAGCAUGAGUAAAGAUGCAGGCAGUUGAAAGUAUUUCAGAUUAAGUCAUUUUAAUUAUGUUUUGGGGUACUUCAUUCUGAAAUAAUGAAAUAACACUAUAGGCAAUCACAUCAGCAACAGUUGGCUUACUGCUAGCUUCUACAGGUCUAUGUUUGGCAGUGACUCAUCAGACAUACUAAAAUAAUACAAGUGUAUAAUAAAAUAAAUGUUUUGUACAACUUUUCAUCACAGGACUGAGAAAUAAUCUGUUACUGAAUUCUUGUUGUUAUUGCGUACUACAGCUAAUGUUUGACUUCUGGGAAAUAGCUUUCAUCAAUCUCAUUUUUUUCUGUCUUAAGAACAGCUGCAUUUUUGGUGCCAAACAUACAUUGUUUCUGUCUGUGUUUCGGGUCCAUUGUUCAUGAACCUGAUGCUUGUAAAACAAAAGGUAGCAAAAAAGCAAUGGCUACCUUUAUAUAUUUAUGAAUGCAUAAUAUAUAAACUCUGGGUAUGGCUGAACGGAUGAAAACUGGUGAUUCUGAACUGAAAUUGUUGCUGAGAAAUUUAAUAUAUGGCUUAUAUAUGAAUGAUAAACACAGUGCUUUGGAAUGUAGGCUGGCAUUUAUGAAACCGUGUUUAUAUUUUGCUAUGUACUGAUGUUCUCUUUGUGUUGUUGCCUACUUCUGUAUUACACUGAAAUAUUUUAAGUAAAAAAUAUAGAUGAUAUGAUUGUUCAUUACUUAUAGCAUGUCUGUGUCUUUAUGUAAUUAAUUAAUUAAUUGUAUUAUCCCUGCUUUUAUUACACACAAACACAUGCACACACACACACACACACGCACAGAUAUAACUAUCAUUUGCUAGAGUAAUAACACAAGGCUCCAUUAUAAACAAAAGAUUGUGCACUCCAUCAUUACAGCAGUUUUGUCACAGUGAUGAAAUGCAUUGCACCAUUUGCAUCCCCUACCUCCCCCCAUUCAUGCACUCUGUGUAAUCACUUAGCAGACCAUAUAUGAUGUUGAACUAUGUCACUUCUGAACUGCUGUUGCUGUAUGUUUUUGUCUAAGUAACUCCUUUGUUAGGAAGCAGUUAUUAACUGUCCUAUACAAGGCUGUUCUGCUCAAAAUGAUACUUGCUGUGGUCUGAUAUUUCAGUAAAGUAUUUUAAUUAUUAAAGUUUUAUUUAGUUCUUGA